CCUGCACCACCUGACUGACCCUGGGCCCUGGCUACCGACGUUCCUCUUGGCUCUUGUUCAUGUGGAUUUUGGAGGGUAAAUCCGUAAAAAGGGUCUCGUCCCUUCUUCUCCUCCUCCUCUCCUUCAGCACUUAUUAAUGACCAGUGACACUUCUUUAAGUUGGAUUUAACUUCUUAUCCUUCAAUACCUCUCACGCACUCUUGACCAGUUACUAGAGAAGCCGAGACAGAGAAGAAGAACAAGAAAAUAUUAUUUAUUACACCUUUUCUCUCUUUAUCCGUCUUUUCGUUGUCCUUAAUCCUUGCAAUACUUUGGUCAGAAAAUUAAUCGGUCAAGUCUUCUCCACUCAAUGGAAAGCUUUAUUCUCUACUCUGCUGGGGUUUUCAUCUUUUAAGAAGAAAUGAUUUGAAUGGCAGCAGGUUUUGGGUCGCAGCCGUUGGAGGAGGAAAAUCCGGCUGCACAGUUCAUUUCCCCCCAUCGUGGAAGAAUAUGCCAUCAUCUUCUCCAGUCUCUGCUCCACAAGAAGCUUCUACUUACGAUGAGCUGUCUAUGCAACACAGCUUGGUAUUCUCUGACAGUCUCAAGGAUUUGAAGAAUCUAAGGGGACAGUUGUAUUCUGCAGCAGAAUACUUUGAAUUGUCCUAUACGAAUGAUGACCAGAAACAGAUGGUGGUGGACACCUUGAAAGAUUAUGCUAUUAAAGCUCUCGUUAAUACGGUAGACCAUUUGGGUUCUGUGACAUUUAAGGUUAAUGGUCUCUUGGAUGAAAAAGUUGAUGAAGUUUUGGGAACUGAGCUUCGGGUCUCUUGCAUUGAACAGAGACUACGGACAUGCCAAACAUAUAUUGAUAAUGAAGGACUAUCCCAACAAUCACUGGUCAUCCCAACACCCAAGUAUCAUAAGCGGUACAUCUUACCAGUUGGUGAGACGAUGAGAGGUUCUAGCUGUGCCGCGUCAAAAUAUCAAGGAUGCAGCCUAGAUAAUGAAGAUGAGAGGCAUCAUUUUAAGAGUGCUGUUCGAGCAACAAUUCGAGAAACCCCAUCACCGUUGGCAAGAAAAGGGCGUUCUCCAUCACCUUCUCCACGAGCUCCUAUGCGAUCUGGAACCUUUUCCUUCACAGAAAAGCGGACAGUUUCACCUCUCCGGUCUGCAUUUCCACUCUUACGUUCUGGAUCUCUUUCAGUUAGGCCAAUUACUCCUACCCGAAGCCGGGCAACUACUCCAACUCGAAGCCGGGCAACUACUCCAACCUCUAAUGAUGCAAGACAACGGUACCCUUCCGAACCAAGGAAAUCGGCUUCACUACGUCUCCCAGCUGAGAGGGACAGCCCAAAAGAGAAUGAACAAAUCCCUAGCAAAAGUAAACGUCUCCUCAAAGCCUUGCUCAGUCGGCGCAAGUCAAAGAAAGAUGAUACGCUGUAUACUUACUUGGAUGAAUACUGAGAUAGCAAUGGAGAUAGAAACACAUUUAGAUAACAACAUCAAGGAACUGUUCAUACAUUGUUGCAAGAAUGUAUCUUGAGAAAUCUAUAAAGGUAGAAUCGGACCUCUUCAAGAUGCAUUGGUGGUAAAAUGGUAGACACACGAGACAGAUUAUGGAAGAGAGCAAUGCACUGACUUAUACCUGCUAUCUAAAAUUUCGCCAGUUUGUUGCAAUUAUUUUUGCUUCCAGGUUGAGGAUGAGUGCUUUCAUGUACCAUACACAAUUCCUUUUGGACCCUUAGCUAAUGUAUUUUACCGCUGGAAUUAUAUCUGUGGUAGUUCUUUCUGCUUUUAGUUGAGGAUAAGUGUCAUCAUGUAUCAUAGAUGAUAGAUAAUUUAUUUUGCCAUGAAA